AUGGUGGAGGAGGAGGACCCCUUGAACGACAACAACCCGGCGGUGGGAGGCAGGCUGGGUCGCUCAUACUCGGUAUCAUCGGCAUUCGACUUCGCGGGAAACCUGUUCCCUCUGAGCUCGACCGCUGGCGCUGGCGGGUACGCACCCAUUGGCGCGCCGACGUCUGCGGGGAGGCCGAACGGCGGACUAGGCGGAGGAUCGCUGGAGAAGCUCAAGACGCUGACUUACUUGAACGGACUGUCCCUGAUCAUCGGCCUGAUCAUCGGGUCUGGUAUCUUCUCGUCACCUAGCCAGGUGAGCUCGAGGCUCGGAUCCCCUGGCGCGGCCCUCAUAGUAUGGGUGGUGGCGGGCAUUCUCGCAUGGACGGGCGGCGCCUCAUACGCCGAGCUGGGAGGUGCAAUCCCCCUGAACGGCGGUUCCCAGGUCUACCUCGCCAAAACAUUCAACGAGCUGUCUGGGUUUCUCUUUUCGUGGGUAGCCCUCCUGGUGCUAAAGCCCGGGAGCGCCGCCAUCAUCGCCAUCAUCAUGGGCGAAUAUUUUGUCAGGGCCAUUAUUGGCGCAGAGGCCGAGACGAUCAAUCCUUGGAUCAACAAGGCUGUUGCGCUGGUGGGAAUCUUUAUCGUGACGUUUCUCAACUGCGUAUCGACGAGGGUGGGCACCCGGGUCAAUGACGUUCUCAUGUUCCUCAAGUUUGUGGCGCUGAUAGCCGUUACCGUGAUUGGCAUUGUGGUUGCCAUCACGGGUUAUUCAUACAAGGGAGAGGCGAGCACCGAAUGGAAAACGAACGAUUGGUUCAAGGGGACGUCUUCAGAUCCGUCAAACUGGGCGAUUGCGCUGUACGCUGGACUCUGGGCUUAUGACGGAUGGGAUAACACAAAUUAUGUGGUGGGCGAAUUUCGCAACCCUUCCAGGGACCUGCCCCGCGUCAUCCACUCGGCUAUGCCUUUGGUUAUCCUCUCCUACGUCCUUGCCAACGUAUCCUACUUUCUCGUCCUCCCCCUGGCUUCUAUCAACGCUUCCAACACUGUUGCUGUCAUGUUCGGAUCCAAAGUCUUUGGACCCGCAGGCGCUCUCAUUUUUGCUCUCAUUGUCAGCGCAAGCUGCUUUGGCGCUCUUAAUUCGUCUACUUUUACGGCCAGCCGCCUUAUAUACGUUGCUGGCAAGGAAGGGUACAUCCCCGACCUCUUUGGGCGCUUGGGCUUCGGUACCAGCGGCGGCCAAAACGAUCACGGUCUGUCUACGCAGCGCUCUCGCAGCUGGGUCUCCAAGAAGUUCCGCAGCUGCUUUGGCGACGAAGAUGCCGGCCUCUUCUUCACGCCAGUGAACGCCCUCCUCCUCAACGCUGUCCUUACCUGUGGCUAUUGCAUGGCAGGCGAGUUCAGCACCCUUGUCACGUUUUACGGCGUGGCUGGCUACACGUUUUACUUUGUCACUGUUCUCGGUCUCAUCAUCCUGCGGGUGAAGGAACCGCAUCUCGAGCGGCCAUACAAGACUUGGAUCGCUACGCCCAUCAUCUUUUGCUGCGUCAGUCUCUUUUUACUUAGUAGAGCUGUGUUUGCGCAGCCCUUGCAGACUCUCAUUGUCGUGGCGUUUGUCAUGGCAGGUAUACCCGUUUACUACUGGCGGAUUAGGGGGAGAGACAAGUCAAUUACGCGAAGAAGUGGCGAUGUUGGUGAUGCAGAGAAGCCUUGGUGGCGAUUCUGGAGAUGA